UUUCUUAGUGGGAAGAUGCGGAUGUGACGACAUUAAAUGAGCGGGGCUGUCUUCACUUGUGUUCCGUUUCUAUUCGUUAACCCGGGCAACCUGCGCGACAGGCAUGUGUAAAACACGCUAAUGUCCACGAGAGUGGCAAUUUGGCUAUCUUAUUUUGAGAAAAAAUAAUCGUAAAUCGGUUAACACCAUCUGGGGUUUCUGUUCGAGGUGGCUGCAGUUCCUCUCUUCUUGGAGCUGACUCGGUAAUCAUCGCAACGACGAGAGAAGGCAAGGAGCAAUGUCGCACCAUUCAUCCUCCCGUAGUUCUUCACGGGCCACCGACUGUAAAGUCUAUGUCGGAGACUUGGGCAACGGAGCCGCCAAGGGGGAGCUGGAGCGAGCAUUCAGUUAUUACGGCCCACUGAGGACCGUCUGGGUGGCCAGGAACCCGCCUGGAUUUGCUUUUGUGGAGUUUGAGGACCCCAGAGAUGCAGAAGAUGCAGUGAAAGGCAUGGAUGGAAAGCUCCUCUGUGGUUCACGUGUUCGAGUGGAGUUGUCUACUGGCCUCUCCAGGAAGGGUCGUGGACGCCCCAGCCGGCGGCAGUUUGACCCUACUGACCGGUGUUACCAGUGUGGGGACCGGGGCCACUAUGCUUACGACUGCUACCGCUUUAGCAAGCGAGGAGGCCGUCGCAGCAGGUCUCGCUCCCGUUCCCGGUCUCGCUCCAGGUCCAGGUCCCGCGGACGCCGGUAUCAUUCUCGCUCCCGCAGCCGCAGCCGUAGUCAAAGCCGGAGCCGCCGUCGAUCUCCAUCCUAUACCAGACGCAGAAGCAGAUCUGGUUCCCCGGCCCGCUCCAAGUCCAGGACUCCAGUGAGAAGUCGCUCUAGGUCUCGGUCUCGGUCCGCCUCUGCGCCCAGAAGGCGCUCUCCCUCCCGUUCUCGCUCACGAUCCCCGGCGGCCAAUCACAAGAGGAGCAGCGUGUGGUGGGAGCUGAGCACUGCACAGACACCACAGCUGACACCAGGCCCAGGGUCUGCCAGCUGGCGGUGUGCACGUCCUGCGGGAGGGUGACUAAGCGCUGACCUGAGAUCAGCCUUCGCCUGCAGCCGGUGUUAGACAGCGAGAAAGAGGUCGACCUACCGACCGAACCCUCCCACGCAGUGAAUGGGCGACCCAGUCUGUUCGACCGACGCUCACGCUCAGACGAGAUCCGCCCUCGCACACAGUAGCAGUAGCUCUACUCGAGUCACCCAGCCAGCCGUCAGACGUACCAGAGGGCCGACCCACACAGAUCAGAACCGACCACUUCCGUUUAAAAUCCAUUACCUACCUACCAGACCCCCUACCUACCAGAGUUCUUCGGCCUCUGUCUUAGCUUCUGAAAGUGAGAGAGCUGACGAGAGAUCAGUCUUCAAGAGCCUUCGCAGCGCAGUGUGUCUCCAAGUUGUAGUCAUCCUACAGUCCUUUCAUCCUUCGCUUCUCUGUACUUGUUGUUUCUGCCACUGUCUCCAAAGGUAACCAAAAAUCAAAUGCCCUGACAAGCUCAUGUUCAUAGUGAAAGAUAAUGCUUAGGGUUGCUAUGUUUCUGGGAGUGUGUGUGUCUGUCUGCGUGUGUGUGCGUGCGUGCGUGUGUGUGGGGGGUUAUUUUUUGAUUGCUAUCUCUGAGGAGGCUUUGUCAGAUGUAUUUUUCUUGUGCCAUACAUGUUUACUACAUCAUUACCAUUCUAGCGAGUUUUUAUAUGCCAAUCCCAGUACAGUGGAAACUGCUUAUGUUGAAUCAGAACACUCGCUAUGCAGAGGCUGUCUACAAUUGCAAUUAACCAAGAAGUCCUUUUACAUUUGAUAGUUUGUUUCUCAGACUACGUUGUGCAUUGACUGUCGAUUACAGUCAAUAAAAAUAAAAAUCACCCAUUUGGUGAUCCAAAUCAAGGCGGAUGGAACUGAUGACUUUUAAGAGGUGUCCACUGUACUUUCUUGUCACUGAUAAUAAUGGUGGCUUUUAAAUAGGUGAGUGACGUAGACACGGAAGGAAUAAGUUGUAACUAUCUCCUCAGAGCUGUAACUACGCUAACAAUCUAUUCUAGUCGCAGGAGAAAAUACCUGUUUCAGUUAUCUGAAUAGCCCUCAGUGGUUCUAUAUUGAGCCUUUUGCCUCAGAGCAGUUACUUGUUUGACGAUAUGUUGCUGUAAGAGAUUUUUAGAUCACCGGUUCUUCACAUGAACCUUUUUGUUUUUAAAGUCUCCAAAGGAGGUUGAUCCAGUGAGGGACUUUUUUAAAAGGUGUAUGCUGUGUAAAUAUUUUGAGUAAUGUGUGUUGUUCUUCCAUCCUCCCCUGCGGCAAACUAACCCCUCUCCCUUUCUGUUUCAGUCGCUCCCGUUCAGCAAGUCAACACCGAAGUCCUACGCCAGCAGACACCUGAGUGAAGAAGACUAGUUAGUUUAACAGACAGACUCCCACCCAGUCUGCUUUUACAGCCCUACAGCGAAAUUUUCUUCUUUUAUACCUGUCCGUCUAGUCAGUUACAUUUUUUUUUUUUUAUUUCCCCCCAAGACUAGUCCUCGUGCAUGUAUCAUCUUUCUUGCAAUGCCCACCACUGUGGCCGUUAAGUUUUGGCAGUAGUUAGAGCGGCUUGGACAGUAAACUUCCAGAAAGGCCCAGUCUCUGCAGCUCUUUGAGGGGGGAGUUUAUGCAUUGAAAAAAUGUUCUUUAUCAAAAUGUUUUUCCCUAUUGAGAAUCUGCAUUUUUUUUCUCCCCCCCGCGCUCCAAUUUAUUGAGUUCCGAUCCUGUUAAAAAUUGCCGCUGGCCCGCAUGCCUUUACAUCAAAUGUCACAUUCCUACUGUUUGUGUUGCACUGUCCCUUAAGGAACCUGUUCACAGGAUCCUGAAUUGAUUUCCCCCAUGUGUUGAUCUCCCAUUUGUAGGUGUAUUUUUAAUUUUAAGAUAUUACACAGUGCUGAAGUUGGUUUUCUGUAAGGGCUGCUUUAACAGUUAUGUUCCUGGCUCGUAUGUUAACACGGUGGCAGUUUUAUUUUUUAAUAAACCUCUUCAACAUA